UUAAAAUAUCAAACAGAAUGAAUUACUAUAUUUACAUAUUGUGUGUCGCUUUCUCGAGUUCUGCUUUUUCAAUUGAUUUGAAAAUAUUACCUAAUGUUCCUGAACUCACCGUCACAUCAGAAUCUAAUUACGUCAUAAAAUGUCAAGGAAAUGAACCUGUAAAAUGGAUCAUACCCGAAAGUAACCCUUUUUUCAAUGCGGACAGAAACUCUUCUAUCAAAAUAUUACAAUCAGAAGCUAAUACAAAAAAUGUAUCUCUAUUAAUGCUUAAUAGAGUCAGUUAUUUAAAUAUUGGAUAUUAUUACUGCGUUCCAUUGUCUGGAGACCGGAAAUCAGAUUCAAUCAAUUCUGAAAACAUUUAUUUAUUCGUACGAAAACGUACUAUGCUAUAUUAA